CUCGUCACAUCGAGAAGCAGCAACACGGCAUCAUGGCCCUUCUUUUCCUGUCGUUCUUCUAGAGUUGACCAGACGGUCCUUGCGCGCUUUUCUUCGUUCCUUUCUUGUUUUCUUCUCAUGCGCGCAAACGACGUCGGAAUUUGUCCCUCAUUGAACAAUGGCUUCCCCGCAGCAGCCUGUCAUCGACCCUCCUUCUCCCGUAGAUGAUUUUACGCCCACAUUUUACGUCGGUCAUCAUGAAUCGAAACGACCAUUGCCUGUCACAGACUUCGUUCUGCGGCAGGCUCAAGAUGUUGGAUACGACAUGCUCACGAGCCCUAUUACGAGUCCGCAUUUCCAUUCACGAGUCUUGACGUUAAUAUCUGAAUAUCUCUCCGAACUUUCCCUAUUCGAAGCCUCAGAUGAUGCCGUCACGAAAAGCACCCCUCCUGCGCCAAUAAUACCCCCACUAACCCCCGUGGACACUCCCUUGACCCCUGGAGAUACUGUCUCUCAAUUGAUCGCGUACUCCAGCCCCUGGAUAGACCUCUGCUCUUCAGAUCCUCUGAUAUCCAACAUAUCUCGCCAGGUUCUGAACAUCGAGAUAGCCUACACUUCAUUCUGUGGAGUUGGCAAUAUUAUUAUCCCGGGCCCAAGAUCGUAUAGCAGCGGAUCAACGAACAAUGAUGGCCUCAUACAGUAUGCUCGUGCCAUCCAGGAAGCGCUCACCAUUGGCAGUUACAUUCAAAUGGCCAUUCAUAUCCCUAUGUACGGAAACGAUGAAGUCAAGGACAUGACAGGCGACCUUCGACCAUUUGCCCGAGAUCACCAUUCGGCGGCAAAAGGCAAGUCGAUUAAGGAGAUUGAUUUGUUUGAGACGUGGGAUGCGUGGAAUUUGAUUAGAAGUGUAUGUAAAUACAAUUCGAGACUCUCAGUAGCUCUUGGCCUUCCUCGCCAGCUUCCUAUCGAAUCUUUGCAAUCUCGCUGGUUCGCCGAGCCUUUGCGGUUGCUCUCUUUUACACCCUCGACAUUCUUGAAAAACAAAGGAGGCCAUCCUGUUCUGAGCAAGAGUCACCAAAGUUUAAUUACACGUUACAUGCGGUUAAAGCUGCCUCCGUGGCUGUUGCUGUGUGACGUUGGGCCCAUCCCUGGAUUGGACGACCCUCUGCACCGAACCUCGACGGCAGAUGGAUUUCCUUCGCCAACUGCUGUCGCUGAUGCAUCGAGAUCAGUUUCUCCCACUCCCGCUGAGGCUGUAGACCUCUUGUCAAAAGAAUCUCAGAAGCCUAGGCCAAAGCACAAAGAUCCGGCAGCUCAUCUCAUUUACAUGCGAUAUCUCCAAAGAAGUCAGCCCCUUAGGACAGCCAUCGAAAAAUUUGGUUCUGGCUAUCAAGACUAUCUGCAGGCGCCCCUCCAACCCCUGACAGAUAACCUGGAGUCCGUCACUUAUGAAGUCUUCGAGAAAGACCCCGUCAAGUAUGACUGGUACGAGCGCGCCAUUGCCCAGGCGCUAUCUGAUUGGACUGAGCAACGGAAACCGACGUCAAGUCCUAGCGGCGCAGUUGUGAUUGCUGUUGCAGGCUCUGGUCGAGGACCCUUGGUCACACGAGCCCUCAGAGCAAGUGAAAUGACAGGUGUUCCUGUUGAAUUAUGGGCAGUCGAGAAGAAUCCGAAUGCCUACGUAUUGCUUCAGAGGCACAAUGAAGAGGACUGGGGCGGGGUCGUGAAAGUGGUGAAGAGUGAUAUGCGAGCCUGGAAAGGACCACUGCGAAGUACAACUGGUCCGAUCGGCCAAGCAAUCACUACCACCUCUCCUGCGCCAGCAUCGCCAUAUGGCAGAGUCGAUAUACUUAUCUCGGAGCUCCUUGGCUCUUUUGCAGAUAAUGAGCUAUCGCCAGAAUGCUUGGAUGGUGUGCAACACGUGCUUGCUCCGCAGUUUGGCAUCUCAAUUCCAAGUUCCUACACGGCACACUUGACCCCAGUACUUGCGCCGAGACUGCAUGCAGACAUCUCGCAUCGCGCUAUCACGGACAAUACAGCCACUGAAACUCCCUACGUUGUAAUGCUACAUGCCAUUGACUAUCUUGCAACUUCUGUUCCCGAUCACCCACGCAUUCAGGAGGCCUGGGAGUUUGUUCAUCCCCUUCCAGCUACAACGCUUGCGGUUGCAGAAGCUAGAAGAGGAGGCGGUGUUAGCGGUGGAGGCGGCGGUAGCAUGUCCGGUGGCGAUGGGGCAAAUGAACAUAAUACUCGCUCGGUCAGAUUGAAGUUUGUAUGUAAGGAUAGAGGUGUUGUGAAUGGGCUUGCUGGGUAUUUUGAGGCAGUUCUUUACGAUGGAGGGGAAGCAGGAAAGGUCGAGUUGAGCACGAGACCAGAUACCAUUGAUGCGAAGAGCAAGGAUAUGAUUUCUUGGUUCCCGAUAUUCUUUCCUUUGAAGACUCCUCUCUACUUUCCUGAUGAUUCAGAGCUGGAAGUGAGCAUUUGGAGGCAGACAGAUGAUAGGAAGGUCUGGUAUGAAUGGCUGGUGGAAGCCUUUGUCAUGGUUGGACCAGACAAGAGGAUGAGACUUGGAAUGAGUGAGAUGGGAAGCAGCAGAAAAGUAGGCUGUCUUAUGUGAAGUCUGUCACUUUGAAGUAAAAAAGUCUUGGCCCAAUAUGGGUUGUCAAAGCUGGUGACUGCCUUUUCAAUUCAGGCAGCGUAUGGCUAGACCCUGGAAUCAAAAUCCAUUGCACUAAUGCCUCUGCAAGUCGAAGCUUGCUUCUAGAACGCCUUGCCCAUUGACAUACCAGUAAACCUUUUGGGAUCUGAACGCUCUUUCAUCUUGCUCCCAACCUGGUCCGCAGAAAACCACCAGAAAUUCGUGCCCUGAUUGCUUGCGUUAUCGAGUCACCGUCUUACCACCUCAGAAGCACGAUUAUCCCUCCAUCUUCGUAUCCGCAUUGCCAUUGUUCUGAUUUGCGCCUUGAAUCCAUAAGACAUUGUUGCAUCUGUAGAAAGAAUCAGCUUCCGUUCGUUUUUUCUACACCUAGCACCUGUAUGAC